UGGCCAUACCCCCCACUGCGUGAGACAUACCGACCAGCUGAAGCCUAUAUAUAAAUAAGCCACCAAGCUGCUCACGGAGACUGUCGGUACGCGCUCGAGGGAGGCAGAAGCAACACAGGACAUUACUGCGUAAAGCACUCUGAGUCGGUAGCAAUAUGUCUCACGGAUGGGGAUACGCCGCAAACAACGGACCAGACACAUGGUGCGACGGCUUCCCGAUCGCGAAUGGACCUCGCCAGUCUCCCAUUGACAUUGUACCUGGCGAGGCUGCCUUCGACGCAGCACUGAAGCCGCUCACAUUGAAGUAUGACCCCUCCACCUCUCUGGACAUCCUCAACAACGGCCAUUCUGUUCAGGUCACCUUCGCAGACGACUCCGACAGCUCAACUCUGACCGGAGGCCCCAUCUCUGGUACCUACAGACUAAAGCAGUUCCACUUCCACUGGGGCUCCAGCGAUGGCCAUGGCUCGGAGCACACCGUGCAGGGGACCAAGUACCCAGCUGAGCUGCAUCUGGUGCACUGGAACACCAAGUAUCCCAGCUUCGGGGAGGCUGCCAGCCAGGGAGACGGUCUUGCUGUGGUCGGAGUUUUCCUGAAGUGUGGCGCUGACAACCCUCAGCUUGAGAAACUGCUCGCUGGCUUUGAUGGCAUCAAAAAUAAGGCCUGCCAGACGCCCUUCCCAAACUUCGACCCCACCAUCCUGCUGCCCGGCUCGCUGGACUACUGGACGUAUGAUGGCUCCCUGACCACGCCCCCUCUGCUGGAGAGCGUCACCUGGAUUGUCUGCAAGGACACCAUCAGUGUCAGCCCUGCGCAGAUGGGGAAGUUCCGUAGCCUGCAGUUCUCCGGCGAGGGGGAGGCCCCCUGUUGCAUGCAGGACAACUACCGCCCCCCGCAGCCCCUCAAGGGUCGCAAGGUCCGCGCAUCCUUCCAGUGAGACCCCCCUGGUCCGCCCCACUCACUCACUCGCACUCCUUCUUCUGUCUUCCCACUACUACACUCUCUCUCCGCCUCCAACACCCACAGCCCUCCUUUGCCAAAGCAAAGGGUCCUCGUCCGUCCUCCGGGUGACCCCCCACUCCACGCCCCCCCUGCAGCAGCCUCUGUCUCUGCCUCUGCCUCUGAGCGCCCGACAACCGACCCCCUACCGUCUCCUGCCUCCUGCUUAAAGCCAGCUGUUUAUCCGUGGCCACCGCCCCCAAAGCCUACUCUGACUGUGUGCCCCGUUUUCCCAAAAGAGAGAGAGAGAGAGCCCACCCUCCACCACCGCCCCUCCGCUACUUCCGUCGAACAGUUAAUCCCCUUGGCCACCCUGCCACCCAAAACCACCUGGACAAACAGCAGCGUGGCACCACCAGGCAGAGGAUCGACUGGCUCGCUCACAAGGGAUUGACCGGCGUUGACCAACCGUGACCCGAGACGUCUCCUCUUCCACAUCUUCCGCCGUCUAGUUUCCGGCUGUGGGGGUAGUGUGGCUCAGAGUGUGAGGCUUUGUGAGGCCUUGUUACCCUUUCUGGUGGUGGCUCAUCAUGACAGGUCUGAUCUGGACUGUGUGACAGGAUGUUGACUGGGAUUCUGUACUUCUCUGGUGCCAAUAUUUCACAAAGGUGUUCUACUUGUUCCUUUUUAUCUUUUAUUUUACAAAAGAAAGAAUUUUUAUUAUUGUUGUUGUGGUUAAGACCCAAUAUAGAUUGUAGCUAAUGUAUUUGGAAACAAACAAACAAGAAGGCAAGCAGGCAAGCAAUAAAGAUACAUAAGAGGAUAACGAUUGAAUGGAGAAGCAGUGAAGCCGCUUAAAGGAGAAAAAAGAAGUUCAGACAAAUCAGCAAGCACAAUUAGGCAUGAAUGUUAUUCCUGAGCCGCAGUGCAAGAGGAUGUGCAUUGUCCACUGGUACCAGCUUAGAAAGCACAGGCAAUCCUGGCAUGGUCUGAAUGCCGCGCCAUCUGCAGUGUACAAGCUGGCAUGGAUGGAAGGAUGGAGGGACGGGAUUCUGCCCCCAGGGUGCCCGUUUAUAAUCUCCAACUGCCCUUCUCAGGAUUACCACAGCUUAGCCAACCUCUGUAGAUUUGGCAGAACAAACUUGCGAAAAUCCUUGUUUAGCACACACAUACACACGCACACACAAAGCGCACAGACACACUCUCCCCCUAUAUGCAUACGUACACAUUGAUUAAUGUGCACGCAAAAAAUGCAGCCUUGUCGUGUAUGAAAUCUUGUCAUUGGCACUAAGAUGAAUUAUUUCCCUUUGCUUAUUUGUGUUUUAUAAUGAGUUUAUCAUUGCUUCAGACUAGAACGACACAUUUGAUGUUUGUUCUGUUUCGAAAUACAGAAAUAGUUUAUGUUGAUAAAUUUAUGGCAUUUGUUUGUUUUCCACGAUUUAUUUUCCUUUCUUUUUCUAUUAAAAAAAGCGAAAUUGAAUGUCUUAAAUAAGUUUCUCAUCGUCCUCAAUGUGAGGAUGAAGCCAUCCUUCUGUUGCAGCCGCUACUACUUUGGGCCGUUAGCAUGUGACUAACAGUAGCCCAACAACAUUGUGCUAAAGUGAAAUUAGCGACAAACCUUUCGAAGAGAUGUUAACAUGUAGACUUGGAUUAUCUGAAGAGGACUGUGGUGAUUCCAUAAUAUCUUUUGCUUGCGGGACCAGAGGGUUGUGUGAAAAGUCAACAAACAAAAAAAGAGAACAAUAUAAAGGUCAUACAGGUCAUACAUAUGCAUACAUGUGUUCUGUCAGUGUCUUAAUUUGUGGCCCAUCACGAAUUUCGGAUGCACUGAAUAUGUCAUGCUGCCUGCUUGUUUUGGAAAGAAGAGGCUUUAAAAUAAAUAAAGAUAUUUUACGACUACA